UUGCUACGCCACCGCGCGCCGGCUAUUUAUGGAGCCCCCGAUCCAUGAAGGCAGGGCACACGCCGACGCCGACGCCGAUCGAGCUAGCUCCCACCGACGUCUUGCAGUCCUACCUCCUCCGUCCCGCCCGCCGCCUCAGAGAUCCGUGAGCCAUGGCCGCUGAGACUGUUGUCCUCAAGGUUGCUAUGUCAUGCGAGGGUUGUGCCGGGGCGGUCAGGAGAGUGCUGUCCAAGAUGGAAGGAGUUGAGACCUUUGACAUAGACCUCAAGGAGCAGAAGGUGACAGUCAAAGGCAAUGUCAAGCCUGAGGAUGUCUUCCAGACAGUUUCCAAGUCGGGGAAGAAGACCUCCUACUGGGAGGGCGAAGCCACAGCCCAGGCUGCUCCGGCGCCUCCAGCUGCAGAAGCAGCUCCCAGCACCGAGGCAGAAGCGCCUGCGGCCGAGGCUGCACCAGAGAUCACCCCAGCCAAAGCUGCUGCACCAGAGAUCGCCCCAGCCAAAUCUGACGCUUGAUCGUCACAUGUGAUGCUGCGACACCUAAACCUUACUCUAGAACUAGCUGGGACACCGAGUCUUGUGCGGUUUGCAUCAUGUUAUUGCCACUCUAGCAAGUGAUUGCGAAUUAUAGAAUAAAUGAUAAACUCAGUGGUGCGCGUGUGUGAUUUCAAGAUGAACAAAUCCCUUGCAGGAUUCUUGUUCAUUACUUUUACCAUUGCUUUCGAGUUCCCCCUAAACACUUGUCCAAGACCCUUUUGUCUGACAAAAAGGGACAUGAGUGCAAUCCAUGUUAAACCUCAUAGCUUGAGGUUUCUAGAUUCUAAUAUGAUCUCUUUCAAUGAUAA